UCCGCGUGGGCUGCGAGCCGCCGGUGAGGGACGGCCACCGGCACGGGCACCGGCACCGGGACCCGGGGGGGGGGCGCUGGUCCCGGCCGGAGCUGACGAGCUCGUUCCUGCCUCGGUGCCCAGGUUGCGGCAGCCGCGGAGCUGCCGGGAGCGCUGCCCCCCGACGGGCCCCGGAGCAGGGACCAGACCGGCUCGCCGAGAGCCGGCAGCCCCGCGGAGGCGCCGGGAUGAAGGCGUACCUGGACCAGCGGGUGCCGUUCACGCUCCCGCAGGUGAGCGGGAAGGGGUCAGGGGCAGAGGAGCGGGACCCCUUCGGCCGGGUACCCCGCGCUGAUCCGCUCCUCCCGCAGCAGCCUCCGGGCCAGGCGGCUCCCGGCGGAGCUCCCAUGGGCGUUGGGAAGAGCCCCGCGGACCAGGGCUUGCUGCCGGCUCAGGACUCGGAAGAGCUCUUCCAGGACUUGGGCAGGCUCCAGGAGACCUGGCUGACAGAAGCUCAGGUUCCAGACAGUGAUGAGCAAUUUGUGCCUGACUUUCAUUCAGAAAACUUAGCUUUUCACAGCCCUCCUGCUAAGAUUAAACAGGAGCCGCAGAGUCCCUCCUCGGACCCCGUGCUGUCCUGCACCCAUAAGCAGCUGUUCCAGUACCACAAUGGCGAGCAGUGCCUUUACACCAGUGCCUAUGAUCAACCCAGACAAGUUGGAAUCAAGUCCCCCAGCCCAGGAACCCCACUGCAGUCACCAUUUCAACAGUUCCCUAGACAGGACAGAAGCUUCCUCACCCCUCCAGGGCCACCGCAUCCCACAUCCAGCUGUGGAUACUCCAAUGAAAACAGCUCUGUGUACCAGCCACCUGUGGAGAUGUGCCGUUCCUUCCCCUCCUCCCAGGGCAUAGCCCAGGAAGACCCUAUUGCCUACCAGCGCCAGCUGUCUGAGCCCUGCCUCCCAUACCCUCAUCAGGGCCUCAAACGGGAGUACCAGGACCUGCAGUAUGAGCAAGGCAGCCAGAUGGGCAGCAGCCGCCAGUACCCAGCAGCUCUGGUGAUCAAGCAGGAGCAGGCAGACUACAUGUACGACUCAGAUGUUCCUGGCUGCCCUUCCAUGUACACAAAUGUGGAGAGUUACCCAAGCCAUCCAAAUACAGAAGAUACACUAGGCUGCAGCUAUGACAAGCAGAUGAGGUCCUUCACUGAUGAUGUCUGUGUUGUUCCUGAAAAAUUUGAAGGAGACAUCAAGCAUGAAGCUGGAGGGUACCGGGAAGUGCCCCCAUACCAGCGACGGGGAUCUCUCCAGCUCUGGCAAUUCCUCGUGGCUCUAUUAGAUGAUCCAACCAAUUCCCACUUCAUUGCCUGGACUGGUAGAGGGAUGGAGUUCAAGCUCAUUGAGCCAGAAGAGGUAGCCAGGCUGUGGGGUAUCCAAAAGAACCGUCCAGCCAUGAACUAUGACAAGCUGAGCCGAUCCCUUCGUUACUACUAUGAGAAAGGCAUCAUGCAGAAGGUGGCUGGGGAGCGCUACGUGUACAAGUUUGUGUGUGAACCCGAAGCCUUGUUCUCUCUGGCCUUCCCCGAUAACCAGCGGCCAGCGCUGAAGGCAGAGCUGGACCGGCAGGUCAGUGAGGAGGACACAGUGCCUCUGUCGCACCUGGAUGAGAGUGCCGCUUAUCUGCCGGACCUUAGGAGCCUCCCUGCACAGCUUUACAGCAAGGGAUACACGUACUAGCAGUGCUGGGAGCACACUGCCACCCCUGCUUGUGUACAGUAGAAGUCUGGAUAGUGUUCAAUCAGUAUAAGCCAGCCUGGGAUGGCACUAAACUAUGGAUACCUGCUUCGGUCAGGAAAAGCGUUCAGGUACACAUGUGGGUAAGCACCUGACAGGGCUCUUGUGCACUUGUGGUAAGACCCUCAUAUGGGUCAGGAUGGGGCUCGGGCUCAGUGAAGCAGACAUCGGAGCAGCAGAGCUGCCAUCCCCCAGGGCUCUUACAGAUACAAGGGUGCUACAGUGCUGCUGCUGACUCCAUUCCUCCCCUACAUGUAUUCCACCUCUGUAUAACCUGUCCUCAGUAAGGGCUGUAUCUGACCCACAUGGACUCACCUCUGCAAGGCCAGGCUUGCCUUCUUCCCAGGAGGGCUGCAACACAGCAGUCACAGAUCAUACAACCUUCCCUGUGACCUGCUUCGUGGGGAUGGGGAACACUUGCCCUGUCCAUGCGUAGUCCUGCCUUGUCACCUCCUUGCUCAUAACACUUCAUGCCCAGGCUAUCUGUCUGAGCAGGACAGCUGGAGGCACUGGCCAGGACUGCGUUACCAAUCCUGCCACUGUGGCAGCCUGUAGAGCAAAUCCUGUAUAUUGAUUGAAAGCCUCAUUUCCCCCUCAGUCUCUCCCCCUGCAUGGCUAAUGCCAACCCUCCCAGCCUUGUCCCAGGAAAGGCAGCUCCCUCUGCUCUGAGGCCAGAGACUCAGAGCAGCCUUCUACCCCAACGCCUUUGCAUGCCCUCUGCAAUCCAGGGACUUGGUGUUCUGUCACCUCCAGUCCCUCCUGCCCUGCCAAGCACUUCCUCUGGUGUCCCAGAAGUGAGGGUGAAGGGGAACCCUGCCAUUGGUAUAAGCUGCCUUUACUAUUUAUGAGUGUAAAAAAUACUGUAAUUAAUAAAUUGGUUUAUGUCUUUGGCCAAG